ACACCUGGGUUUGGGUGACCACCUCUCCCUUCCUGCAGAGCGUCUGAACAUCCAGAUCGUGACCGGCCAGAGCCGCACUGGCCUGCUGACAGCCCAGGAGGCCCAGCGUGUCCGGCAGCUGCAUGAGGAGAACCAGCAGUUCCUGCGCAUCCCACGGAGGCCACGCUGGGAUAGGACAACCAGUGCAGAGGACUUGAAGCAAGCUGAGAGGGAGAGCUUUCUUGAGUGGCGGCGGCAGCUUGCCCACCUUGAGGAAGAAAAAAAGCUAAUUCUAACGCCGUUUGAGCGAAACUUGGAAUUUUGGCGUCAGCUUUGGAGAGUCAUUGAAAGAAGUGAUAUUGUAGUCCAGAUAGUAGAUGCUAGAAACCCCCUUCUGUUUAGAUGCCAAGAUCUGGAAAGUUACGUCAAGGAAGUCAGCAAUCACAAGGAGAACAUGAUCCUGAUAAACAAAGCAGAUUUGCUGAGUGAGGAGCAGCGGGCUGCUUGGGCACGGUUCUUUGAGAAAGAGGGCAUUAAGGUGGUGUUCUGGUCAGCUUUGGCAGAGUGCAAGCGGCUGUCUGGAGAAGCAAAGGAACUGGACCCUGAUGAUGUAGCAGAGGACCUGAGUGAUGCCGACGAUGAAAGCACCAGUCCAGAGGAAGACAACACAGAACAAGAGGGUGCAGAAGGCACGUGCACAGGCGGUGCUUUGCAAACUGUAAACCAAGCUCUGGCUAGUGAUGAUGACAGUAGUGAUGAAUAUGAAGACUGUGAAGAUGAUGAAGAGGAGGCCUGGCAAACCUGUUCUGAAGAUGAAGGUGGGAACAGAAUACAUGCUAUUGUCCCAGAGAGGAUGGAAAGCAGGACUGAUGGUGCUGCUGCAGUGCAGCACGUGGUGCAGGAGCAGAACAGGAACAUCAGGAGCUUCAGUCAUCUGGUACAGAGAAAUGAGUUGCUGGAGAUAUUCAAAACCAUGCACAAUGGACCAAGGGUGAAGAAUGGGGAAGUAAAUGUUGGGCUGGUGGGUUACCCUAAUGUUGGCAAAAGUUCAACCAUCAACACAAUCCUUGGAAAUAAGAAGGUGUCAGUGUCUGCUACACCAGGCCGUACCAAACACUUCCAGACCCUGUAUGUGGAGCCUGGCCUGUGCCUUUGUGAUUGCCCCGGUCUGGUUAUGCCAUCUUUCAUCUCUACCAAGGCAGAAAUGAUUUGUUCUGGAAUUUUGCCUAUAGACCAGAUGAGGGACCAUGUCCCACCCAUUUCUCUAAUAUCCUUUGCAUGGGCUUAUGUUUGCCAGCAUAUCCCACGAAACAUAUUGGAAGCAACCUAUGGAAUAAAUAUCAUAAGGCCAAGGGAAGAUGAGGAUCCGGAUCGAAAGCCAACAGCUGAAGAGCUGCUCACAGCAUACGGAUGUAUGAGAGGCUUUAUGACAGCGCAUGGACAGCCAGACCAGCCGAGGUCAGCUCGAUACGUGUUAAAAGACUAUGUCAGUGGGAAGCUGUUAUAUUGCCAUCCACCUCCUGGCAUUGACCCAAAUGACUUUCAGCACCAGCAUCAAAGAUGCCCAGAGAGCAGAAUUGUGCAGGCCAGCGGACAGGUGAAGCCUGAGAAGAAUACCAAAGCGAAACAAAUUGAAAAUGUGGUAGACAAAACAUUUUUCCACCAGGAGAACGUUCGUGCCCUGAUGAAAGGGGUCCGGGCUGCGAUGGGAUACCGGCCCGGCAGUGGCCUCGUGCCUGUGACUACACCCAGUCCUGGGAAUGUGGUAGGAAAGCCCUGGAAAAAACAUGGAAACAGGAACAAGAAGGAGAAAAUUCGCAGGAUCACUAAGCACCUGGAGGCUUAGCUGUGGCAUGGCUCUCUGGCAGGUCCAGUGCAAGGACCACACUGUCCUGCAGGCCUGAACUGAGGGGGGAAAUAAAAGGAUAAGUGGGCACUGCUAGCUCACCAAGGAGCUCCGUGCU